CCUUACAACCCUACAAUAUGAAGAAUCAGACACUUCUGAGGGGCUUCUUGCUCCUGAGAUUGUCAGACAGCCUGGUGCUGCUGGGCGUGCAGGCUGCUCUCUUCUCCCAGGUCUACCUGGUGGCCACACUUGAGAAUCUGACUAUCCUCCUCCUCACAGUUCUUGACCACCACCUCCACACCCCCAUGUACUUCUUCCUCAGGCAUUUGUCUUUCCUGGACCUGUGUCUCAUUUCCACCAUAGUCCCCAAAUCCAUUCUCAACUCCAUCACCCUCAGUGACUCCAUCUCUUUCUUUGGGUGUGUGUGUCAACUCUUCUUGGUGGUCCUGUUGGCAGGGUCAGAAAUGGGAAUCCUCACUGCCAUGUCCUGUGAUCGUUAUGUGGCCAUCUGCCACCCUCUUCACUAUGAGGCUGUCAUGAGCAAAGCAUGCUGCAUCCAGUUGAUGGCUAUGUCCUGGCUCAGUGGAGGGGCCCUGGCACUCUUCUACUCAGUGGGCAUGUUCUCCCUGGAGUUCUGUGGCUCCAACAGGAUUCACCAGUUUUUCUGUGAUGUCCCUGCCCUUCUAGAGCUCACUUGCUCUGGGGAGCAUGCUGCUGUCAAUGUCAGCCUGGCCCUUGGUGUCCUCUAUGGGUUCUCAUGUUUGGUUUGCAUCGUGGUCUCCUAUGUGUUUAUUUUCUCUACCGUGUUGAAGAUCCCAUCCAGGCAGAGCCGGUCCAAAGCCUUCUCCACCUGUGUGCCCCACCUGGUGGUUGUGGGCACCUUUUGCCUAACAGGUGCUGCUGCUUACUUAAAGCCAACCUCUAAUGCACCUCCUCUUCUGGACUUGCUGUGCUCUGUGUUCUACACUGUGGCACCCCCGGCCUUGAACCCCAUUAUCUACUGUCUGAAGAACAGGGACAUUCACUCAGCUCUAAGUAAAGUCUUGAGGAAGGCAAGAAGGGGACUAAUAGAAGGAUAUGAAAGUUGAAGCGGGUAGCAACAUUCCCACCACCAUUUUUCCCCUAACUAGCUGUAUGGGGUGAUUUCUCUCUAGAAGUCAGUAGAUCCUGGGGUCCUCCUUUGGUGAUCUCAGGUUGUCAGUUUUAGUACAA